AUGAAGUGGAAUACGGUUCCUUUCGCUGAACUAUAUAGUUCAAUUCAAAGCGAUCGAUUUGAUCACGCAUUAUACAAGGAAUUACUUCCAGAUUUAAAGGAAUUGAACAUUGCUGAUAAGUUUCCAAAGAAUGAUACAAGUAGAAAGCAAUUAGAAACAGGUAAAUUAACUCUAACAAAUGGAGAUGCUUAUGAAGUUAAUUAUGACUUUGUUUGUUCGGUAAUUCAGGUUGCAGACGAGUUGAAUCUCGAUGAGUUAGCGAUAGCUGAAUUACUUCUUUCCUCCACAGAUGAUUUAGAAAGCAUUGAUCAGGAUCUUUCCUUACAAAACCAAGCCAAAGUGCAGUUUUUUCUGAGGAAGCAAUACAUUUUACACGUUGUAUCAUAUGUUAUAAAUGUAAAGGGCUCAGAGAGUCAAUUAUACCGAGACCUUAUUGAUGAUGGCGUUUUACUGAAUAAUAUUUUAAUGGGUUUCAAGUCUGUUCAUCAAAAUCUUGAUGCUAUCAAACAGUUAAUCAAUAAAUCACAAAUCUUGGAUAACUACAACGCAUUAUUCCAGCAGAAUGUCAACUUCAAGAGAGACUUUUUAUUGAAAGAGUAUGAUAUAUUGGCUCAAAUUCUUUACGGAGCAAUAGAUAGUGGCUCUCUGCUAACUAAAGACAGGAUAACAGAGAUAAUAGACCAUGCUUCCUCUAUGGAUUCGGAUGAUGGUUUCAUAAUGUAUUACAUUCCAGCGUUGUUACUGGCUUUUUCAAAACUAUCGCAGUUCCCAGAAUCUGAUGUGAAAGCCUUACACAGUGAGUAUCUCAAAGAACUAAGUAAUGAAACGAUCUAUUUGAAACCGUUAAAGGUUGCGUUGAUCUUCGUUUUCCUAACUUAUUUUAUUGGGUGGUGCAAAGCAGCACCAACAUCUAGGGCUAUGCUUUUUGACUUUGAAACUGCCGUCGAUAGGCCUAUUACUAUUGCAGCAGAACAAGGUGCUCUUGAACAAUUGAUGAUUUUUGCAUUAGAAACUUCAGUCGUGGAGCAAGACUUAAGCAUGGAGUUGUUUUAUGAUAUUACUUCACUUUUAGAGCGUCACAUACCUCGACUUGUACCAAAACAGCUGUGGGAUAUGGAACACCGUUCUGCAGUUGUUAUGAAGACAGAAAACAAGACUGCAUCACAAUUCAGUCGCAUCUCGUUCUCUGAGCAGCUUGAGCCUCAAUUUUUGCACAUUUUUAACGAUUUCAUCCAAGUUUUCAUAUCCGAUUGUGCAUUCCUAUUAACGAAGAUUAAGAAUGCAGAAGAAGAUUCUCUUCUCUCUGGAGAAGAUUUAUACUUGGAUGAAAUAUCUGCCAAAGCUGAUCUGGAGAGAUUUUUUCUUGUGGUGUACUACUUUUAUGCAUCUAGGUCAAACCUGUCCAAAGCAUUUUGGCAAGAUAACGAAUCCACACUGUAUGGUUUUAUUGAAUGGGCUGCAAAGUGUAAUGAUAACUUAAUGAAGUCCUGCUUCUACUUGAUGCUUUCAAGUUUAGCUUGUGGAGAGGAAAAUGCUAACAAUGUCUACCAUUACAUCAACGGUAAUCAAACAAUCUCGUGGCUAUUCAUUGCACAAACAAUUGGCGAUUAUAUAGUGAAAAUAUCAGCUAUGGAGAAAAAGUUAGCGGAAUCACAACCACAAUCAGAAGAGGAAAAGGCUAAUUUCAAUAACGUUGCAUUGCAGGAAGGCUUAAAUGAGGAAGUUGUUAUCCUGCUAUCAUCAUACUUGACGUUAUUAGGAUCAAUUGCACACGAUGUUAGCCCUGAAAUAAAGCAACUGUUAUCUGAACUAUUCUCUGACACUUUGUUUGAAUUUCUAAAAGUAAAUACUCCAUUAGUUGGCGCUACUAUGAAAGUCCUUUCUGCUCUUGUUCCUAGGGAUUCUUCGAAAAGAGAUAAUAUGUGGAACAGUUUGGACAAGUGGAUUUUCAAGGGAGCUCCGCUGAAUUCCACAGACUCUUCCUACCGAAUGGCAUUUCAAUCUGUAUUGUCAAACUUUUCCGAUGUUUCUGGAUUCUUGCAUCUAUUCUCGAAUAUGAUAGCGAUAGAUACGAAAAAUAGCAGAGGCUAUAUGACUUUUGGUAAACUGACAUAUCCAGCAAAAUUGGGAGCAGGAUAUAGGAAAACUGGUAUCUGGCCAUACUUGGAUUAUGUUUUUCACGAACUUUUCGCUCAUGUACAGCAACUUAAAGAUACAAGAGAAAAAACCCCUAUAAUCAACCAAAUUUUAGGCAUUAUCAAGAGCUGUUUAUAUUCGUUUGAUUAUACUGUGAUAUUGAAUUCUCUCUCUGCCGGUGUUAACUUGGAUUCUUUUAUAGCCUUCGGCGAUUUUUUUGCAUACGUAGAAGAAUCCUGUGCCACACCAGUAUUCAACUAUCUCUUCGAUGAAAAGUUCUUUAAGAUCUUAUUCAAUAUUGCAUCAAUCGGCGUUGAUGAAUUAGCAGGUGAUUUGCAUAUUUCAGAGGAACAGCUGACAGUUGUACAAUCUGUAAUGGAAAUCAUUAAUCUAUUACUGACAUAUGAAAGCACUUACACUGAAGAGUUAUGCCCCAUUAUCAAAAAACAUCAUACGGAUACACACUUUAUACCAAAAGUGUUUGGACUUCAUGGUUUAGUAUCAUUUUAUGAUGCUAUUUUGUUUGAUUUACCGUUAAUAGCCCACUGUGCUCUAUAUGUUGGCUUAAGUGAUUAUAAAUUAGCAUCUGAAUCCCUUGAAAUAUUGAAGAAAAUCUCCAUGAAAAUGCCUCAUAGUGAUUCACGUAUGAAUAAACUUCUUACUAUUUUUGAAUCUGUUGAUGAAUCUGCAAGAAUCAAAGAAGCUUUUAUCAGCCAAUUAGAGUCUCCCAUUGAUUCUGAAGAAUCUUUAUCUCUGAAGCUUGGUAUCUUGGACUUCAUCAAUGUUAAUCUAUCGUAUGCGAAUACGAGACCUAAUGUUGCACAUUUUCUGUUAGGAUUCCAAGUUACUAAUAUUUUAUCACUGGGACCAAAUUUGAGCACCUUUAUCAAUUCAAACACUUCAUUAUUGAACACAUUGGUGGAUAAAUUAGAGUCAUCUUUGGCCAUUAUAAACCCACAUAACGUCGAUUAUGCUCCGACAAGGCUGGCUUCUGUUUUGAUGGAAAUCGUUGUAAAGUUAGGUCGGAAUACUCUAACCUCUAAAGUGGUAUUAGAAUUUCUAUCUUCGAAGGCAUUAUUUGAGAAACUUAUUACACUUGAUCCAUGUGUUGACAAUACAACGCUAUGGUGUGGUAAGUUUAUUACUAAAAUAAGCGAGAGCAGAGAUGGUGAUAUAUCUAACCAACCUGCUCUUGGGGCAUUAUUAUCCUUCUUGAAUUACAGAAGCUUUGUCUUGCAAUACUUUAGUUUGGAUAUUCAUAGAUUAUCAACGGACCCACAACAUUCCAAAGUUUCAUCGUUAGUUGAACCUUUAAUUUCAAGUAAAACACAUUCACCCACUAUAUUCAACUUUUUGAACACAUUAGGUUAUAAUGUUUUUAAUUCCGGUGUCGAGCAACUAACUGGUCUUACGGUUUUUGGUGGAUUGGACUUGAAUGUUGAUAAUUUUAAUCUCUCCAAUACCUGUGCUGGUAGUAUAUAUGAUUUCCAAGGAUUGGAUUCGCUGUUGGAACUAAAAUAUAAAUCGCAAUGCUCAACUUCUCCCUCGACCGCUCAAAACGAGAAUUCAUCUUUAAAAUUGGUUGCAGAGGAGGAGGCAAAAACAAUUAAACAUUUUAUUGCCAAAUAUUUAUCGCAAGAAAAGUUUUCAACAUUGCAAUUAUCGGUAUUACAUUCUUGGGUUCAAUUGGUUCAAAUAGUUGUUCUUGAUGGCGAUUUAAUUCCAGUCAAACGAUCCAACUUCAUUUUGGAAGUAUUUGAAGCCAUUAUACCAAAGAUAAAUGAUUAUGUCGAGUUUGACGUUGCUUAUUCCGAAGAGUUGGUGUCUCUGUCGGUUUUCCUUUACGACUUGUAUCAAAAAGAUAGAAUUGCGAUUGACAACGAAAGAACGAUAGACAGUAGAUUACAUGCAUUGUUUAAGACAUGCAUACAUGGUAUUACUUCACCGCUUUCCACCCUAUCACAAAGGUCCGACUUCUACGUCCUCACUAACAAGUACUUGACACGAAUUAUCAAGGAAGAGCAUAUGGUCAAAGAUGUAUUACAUACGCUUAAAAUGGCAAGCGAACGACUAAUUGAAAUUAUAAGCAAUGAUGCUAUAUCUGGCGAAGGUUCUAGCAGGAUAACAGGUAUUUUACUGUUAGAUGCACUUGCCCAAUUAGCCUGCAUGAACAAGGUAAAUUUUAUACUCGAUGCAUUGGUAAAAAGUAAUAUGCUGUUGUUAAUUAUUCGCUCAAUAAAGACGACAGACGAACUUUUGAGCCAAAGCUCUCACAGCAUUACACUAGACAAUAUGCUGUAUGAACUAACCGCGUUUAAAUCGACUGUCUACUUUUUAAUUCGCCUAGCGAAGAGUAGAGGCGGCGCACAAGCCCUUAUCCAAAAUGAAAUCUUCCAGACUAUAGAGUCAUGUUCUAUUCUGCAAAUAGAUCCCGAUCUUGGAUUGGAAAUAGUGUUCGAUGAGAUCUCAGUUAAGAAUUCGAAAUUCGUUAGAAUCAACCUCAACUUAGAUAAUCCGCUAACAUUAGCAUCAGAAGCUAAUGGUGUAUCACUUUUUGAGAUCGUGGUACCUAUUUUCCAAUUAAUUACUUCUAUUUUGAUAAGUAUGGGAAGUGCUAACAACGAGGUGAAAAAAAACGUAAGAAGGUUAUUAAUGCAUUACAAGAAACUUGUUCAAGGUGUUUUGAAAAGAGACGCUUUAUUGGAGAGUAAUGAUAAAUAUGUUGUAAGUGGUUCAACCCUCGAUGGAUUACAACAGCAGGUUAACCUGGUCGUAUUGUUGUGUACAUUAACUGGAUAUAUGGGCGAGGAAAAUUUGAAAUAG